AACAAAUGUUGUUUUGGUCUAAUGGAUUACUUGCUGCCAUUCAAUUCACUGCCAAAAGGGUUGCAAGGGUUCGAAUCCAUCUAAGCGUUUUUUUUUUCAGCCACUUUUUCCCUUCACAUGCGGCGGACAAGAGUUGGAUUUCGUACCCAGUCCUUUCUCUUUCCACCGUCCCUUUUACUUUCCCCUUCUCUUCGAAAUUGAAAGUAAACCUAAUCUGAAAACCACAAUUUUCAGCUGUGAAUUCUCGAUUCAUAGCACGAUUUUAUUGAGUUCGUGAUCUUUCAAUUCAAGAAUCUCCAUCUCCCCUGUUCUCGAUUAUCUACAAGAUUUUCUCCCCUGUUCUCUACAAGAUUCAUGGCACGAUUUUAUUGAGUUCAGGGUCUUUGAAAAUCUGCUCGUGGCUGGAGCGGAGGGGAGUGGAGUUGUUGGGGCUGCCUGUUGGUGGCUGAAGCGGAGGAGGGGAGGGGAGCUGUUGGUGCUGCUGGUGGUGGCUGGAGCGUUGGGGGAGCUGCUUUUGGUGGCUGGAGCGGAGGGGAGCUGCUGGUGGCUGGAGUGUUGGGGGAUUUGCUGGUGGUGUUGGUGGUGUCUAUAGUGGAGGGGAGCGAAAUAGAGUGUUGAGAUCAGACCUGUUUCUGCUGCUUGUUGUUGCUAGCUGAGAGCAGAUGUGAGCUGUUGCUGGUGCCUAUUGCUGCUGGCUGGGAUCAGAGGAGAGAUCUUGCUGCUGCUACUUGUUGUUCCUUGUUGCUGCUUGCUGCCAACGACCCCAACAUAGUCUCCUCGUCCAGUUUCAGAACAUCCAGGUAAGUACACUUACUGUUGUAGUUUACGACAUUUCCUGUUUUAAGUCCAUCAAUGUAUGAAAUAGUUCAGUAUUUUUCUACAUUUGUGUUGUGUUUUAGGAAAUGGCGCCAAGUAAGAAUUGGAUGCUUGUUAAUAAUAGACUAAGCGAGGAGUAUAAGAAUGGAGUCUCUGAAUGUUUAGACUAUGCAUUUCAAAGGAAUAGAGGCAGCCAGAUUAGAUGUCCAUGUAUUAAGUGUAGCAAUGGGAGGUCGGGAACCCGUGAAACAAUAAGUACACAUCUGAUCAUUUAUGGAAUUGUAUCAAACUAUACAUUUUGGUGCCACCAUGGAGAAAAGUUAGGUGAAGCAUUUGGUCCAGCAGAUGAAGAGGUUAUUAAUUCUGUUGAGAAUGAUGCUGCUGACAGUAGUGAGAAUGAGAUACACCGGGUUUUAAGGGAUUUGUAUCCUAGCAUUGACCUUGGCGAAGAAGAAAUUGCAAUGGAUUUUGAGGAAGAAUGCAGUGAAAGACCAAACGAUGAAGCAGACAAGUUUUAUAGAUUGUUAAAUGACUUUGGGCAGCCCAUUUACGAGGGUUGUAAGAGUUCAAAGCUAUCAACAAUAGUCAAACUUCUUCACAUAAAGUCUCUUGGAAGAUGGAGUAAUGAGUCAUUUAAGAUGCUGCUGAAGCUACUGAAAGAGGACCUAUUACCAGACGGUUCGUCUUUGCUAGACUCAUAUUAUGAAUAAAAAAAGACCAUACAGGAUCUUGGCCUCUCAUACACAAAAAUUGAUGUUUGUGAGCAUAGUUUCAUGUUGUUUUGGAAGGAUGAUGCACAACUUGACGAUUGCAAGGUAUGCCAUGCAUCUAGAUGGAAGGUUGACAAACAUAGUGGGGAAGUCAUGACUAAAGCCAAUGGAAAGAAGCUGCCGAAGAAGACUUUACGUUAUUUUCCACUAAAACCAAGACUUCAACGGUUAUAUUUGUCAACAAAGAUAGCUUCUCUAAUGACUUGGCAUCAUGAAAAUAAGGCUGGUGGUGAAGUCAUGAGACAUCCAAGUGAUUCCUUAGCAUGGAAAUCCUUUGAUGGCCUCCAUCAAUCUUUUUCAGCAGACCCUCGGAAUGUGAGGCUUGCUUUAGCUAGUGACGGCUUCCAACCGUUUGCACAUUCUAAGACUCCGUAUAGUAUCUGGCCAGUGGUUUUAAUUCCAUACAACCUUCCUCCUUCGAUGAUUAUGAAGCCCUCCAAUUUUAUUCUAUCAAUGCUAAUUCCUGGUCCAGAAAGUCCUGGAGAUGCUAUAGAUGUAUAUUUGCAGCCGUUGAUUGAAGAUCUCAAAGAUUUGUGGGAAGAAGGUGUGACUACUUUUGACUCAUCCAAAAGGCAAAAUUUUCACUUACGGGCAACCUUGUUGUGGACAAUCAAUGAUUUUCCCGCUUAUGCCAACUUAUCGGGGUGGAGUACAAAGGGACGGUUGGCUUGUCCUGUUUGCAGUAAGGAUACGAAGUAUGAGUGGUUGUAUAACGGAAGGAAGUUUUGUUAUAUGGGUCAUCGAUGUUGGCUCUCUAAUGGUCAUAGGUGGAGAAAAGACAAAGAUGCAUUUGAUGGGACAAUUGAGAAACGAGGGCAGCCAAGAAUAUUCUCGGGAGAUGAAGUACUUGAUCAAGUACAAGAUCUUGAAGGGAAUCCCUUAACAAAGUGUCAAAAAGUGAAAGUGAAGAUAUCACAUGAUGAAAGAGGAGACAAUUGGAAGAAAAAGAGCAUCUUUUUUUAUCUUCCAUACUGGAAAACACUUUUGUUGCGUCAUAAUUUAGAUGUGAUGCACAUUGAGAAGAAUGUUUGUGAUAAUGUUCUCGGGACAAUCAUGAAUUUGAAGGGAAAGACCAAAGAUACUAUGAAAGCCCGCCUUGACCUGGUGGAGAUGAAACUAAGAGCAGAAUUGCAUCCCAAUCGUGAAUGAGGAAAUGGAUAUGCCGCAAGCAAGGUACACAUUGAUGCGAGAUGGAAAACGUAAGUUUUGUCACUUCUUAAAGAGAAUGAAGGUUCCUGAUGGCUUUUUGUCUAACAUAUCUCAUUGCGUAAAUGUAAAUGAACAUAAUAUAUCUGGUUUAAAAAGCCAUGAUUGUCAUGUUCUUCUACAACAUCUUAUUCCACUUGCAAUACGUGGUCUUUUACCAAAGGAUGUUUGUGACCCUCUAAUAGAAUUGUCACUCUAUUUCAAGAGCUUGUGUUCAAAAUCACUCAAUGUGGAAGAGUUGGAUAGAAUCAAAGCUAGAAUUCCAGUGACCCUUUGUAAACUUGAGAAGAUCUUUCCUCCUGCAUUUUUUUGAUGUUAUGGUACAUCUACCUGUGCAUUUGGCUGACGAGGCUAUGGUUGGGGGACCAGUACAGUUUAGAUGGAUGUACCCUAUUGAGCAAUAUUUGCAUGAUUUGAAGUCAUAUGUUCGAAACAGAACGCAUCCUGAGGCUUCCAUUGCAGAAGGAUAUAUCGCCUCGGAAUGCAUGACUCUUUGCUCUAGAUACUUGAGUGGAAUACAAACAAAGUUCAACAGGGUGGAUAGGAAUUAUGAUGGAAAUGAUUUUCAAGACUUUCUUGAAUUCUCACAAGUCGGCCGAUUCUUGGGUAGUAAUGCCAACGUUCGCAGCCUUAGUCCACAAGAAUUAGAGCAAGCACACAUUUAUGUGAUGAAGAACACGGAGGAAGUACAACCAUUUCUCGAGUAAGAUUUUCAUUAUUGUUUUAACGAUCUCUUUAUUUGUUGAUGCGAUGUUUCUAAUUAUGUUAUUACUUGUUGUAGAGAAUUUUCUCAUCUUUGUGAGCAUGACUUGUUGGGAGGAAACUAUAAGAAGGAUGAUGCAGGGUUCAUUUCUUGGUUCAGGCAAAAGGUAUGUUCUAACUUUUUUUAUAAUUGUAAGUCAAAAUCAAAAUGUUUGCUGGUGGGUUAGUUUUAUACUUCUUGGUGAAUACAAAACUUAAUCAUGUUUAAGUUGAUGGUAAGUCCUUUUCCCUUUUCAGUCUAUGCUUUCCUUUUCAGAUAAAGUCUUGUAAUCAUUGUUUUUGUGUAGCUGUACAGUUUUCUCUCUCCGUCUUCUUUCCAUAAAUGUGCUGUAAAAUUAUCGAUUGCAGGUAGCAAACUCCUACGAACCUAAUAAGAGUAAGAGGUCGAAUGAGCUAUUGGCACUAUCACGAGGCCCUGCUCAAAGCGUCAAAUAUUAUUCAGGUUAUGUGCUAAAUGGUUUUCACUUUCACACAAAGGAUCAUGACAAGAAUUUGAGGACACAAAAUUAUGGUGUCGUUGUAGUUGGUGAUGAUGGAGUUGAUGUGAAUGCAGUAGACUAUUAUGGGGUUUUGAGAGAGGUGAUUGAGUUGUAGUUGGUGAUGAUGGAGUUGAGGUGAAUGCAGUAGACUAUUUCUUGGAGGAAGAUCACUUGCUUUGUUUAGGUGUGAUUGGUGUGAUGUAUAUGAUAAGACAAAAGGGUUGAAAGUGGAUGAGCAUGGGUUUGUGAGUGUCAACCUUAACAGAAUGCUUAAGACAAAUGAGCCAUUUGUGCAAGCAAGUCAGGUAUCCCAGGUGUUUUAUGCAGAAGACAAUAUGAAUAAGAAUUGGCACUUGGCUGUAAAGGUGUUACCCCGAGCUAUGGAUGUGUUGGAAAAUGAAUAUAACGCUGCUGGUGAAGCAAGUGAAAUGGUUCAACCUACUGAUUGGUAAUGUUUAGUUCUGGUUUUUUGUUAUAUCUACUAUUGCCAAGUGUUUUGUGUUGUCAACCAUGUCUAGUUUGCUCAUAUUACAAUGUUCCUUAUUACAGACUGUUCUGCAACAGACUAUUUGGCAGCAGAUUGUUUGGCAGCAUCAAAGGAACUAAUGAUGUAAGUCAAGUCAGGAAAGCAAGUGCAAUGUGAUUGGUUUUAGCAAAUGCUAGGAACUCUCUCGAUAGUAGUGGAUCAUAUUAUUGUUGAAAAUUGUAUAAGUGUAGGUUCUGUUGCAACUCUACUCAUUUCAUACUAUCUAAACAAUGGUGCUAAUUCUCAUGCACUUUUGUUGUUGCUGUGCUUUUAGGGUUGGUGAGCUAUAGGAAGUUGUAAAUACAAGAAAUGAAUUGGAGAUAUUCUGAGUUGUUAUGGUGCAAGGAUUGGCAAAGAUCGUUGAAUGGGCAGAGUGCAAGAAAGCAAAGUAGAUUGUACCAUUAUUGAAUUAUUAGCUACAACGUUUGAAUUAUUAGAUUGCUAUAUUAUUACACUAUUGUUGACAAGAAUCUUUAAUACAAUCGGUUUAUAUUUAGUAGCAAGAAAAUUUGCUGUUAUUGCUUUAGAGAAACACUCUGGCCAGGGGUAUGCAUGUAAUCACAGAAAAUACUGUGACUAGUGGUUUCUGGGUAGUCCUGGGAAAUCCCGUGUUUAGUGAUCUCCGUGUAGUCAUGGGAAUUACAGUGACCAAUGGUUUGUAAUUUGUCACGGGAAAUGCCGUGAAUAGUGGUUUGUAUCUAGUCACGAGAAAAUACCAUGACAAAUGCUUUGUAAUUAGGCACGGGCAAUUGCCGUGACUAGUGACAAAUAUUCAGUCACGGGAUAACUAGUCACUACAAGUACUAAAAACCGUGACCGAUGAUUGACAUCUAAUCCCGGGAAACGAUUUUAACACGGUGAUUACCGUAGUAAAAGGUGUACUUCCCC